UAAUGGAAUAGCGAUCUAUUAUGGAUCUAAAAUUUACGUACAAGUAAAUACACAAAUUAUACUAAGUUAACAACAACUCAAUGGCUAACAAGUAAUGUAAAACAUUGUGUAAUAAUAUAGAAUGCCUGUCACCUCUGACGUCUCCCAUUCAAAGCACAAAUUUUCAUAGCAAUAGAAUUGUGUUUUCUUCAACUAAAGCAACUCAGUUGUUCCAGACUCCUUCCUAGCCAUGGCCUUUGAAGUGCGCAUCAAGUGCCGCGAGAUGUUGGCAGCAGCCCUGCAAGCGGGCGAUUUGCCGAAAGGAUGCGGCGAUCCGGAGGACAUGGCCGCCCAGCUGGAGGAGGCCAUUUACGUGGAGCUGAAGUGCUGCCAGGUGAAGUACAAGAAUCGCAUACGUUCGCGACUGGCCAACUUGCGGGAUCCAAAGAAUCCGGGAUUGCGCGAGAAGUUCUUGCUCGGGCUGAUAGGCGUGGAGAAGAUGGCGAGGAUGACGCCCGAGGAGAUGGCCAACGAUGAUCUGAAGCAGAUGCGCCAGAAGUUCGUCCAGGACUCGAUCAACAAGGCGCAGAUGGCCAAGUUCCAGGGCACCAAGACGGAUCUCUUCAAGUGCGAUCGCUGCCACAAGCGCAACUGCAUCCAACUGCACACCCGUGAUGGCGACGAGCCCAUGGUCACCUUCGUCAUGUGCGACGAGUGCGGCAACCGCUGGAAGAACUAGUCAUCCUUAGAAGAUUCAGUGCUCUGGUUACCAACUCAUCGCUGAAACACUGAUCUUCCACUUCCACAGAUCUUCCACUUCCACAGAUCUUCUACUUCCACUGAUCGUCCACUUCCACUGAUCUUCCACUUCCACUGAUCUUCCUUAAUGCACCUGAUACUUUUACAAAAUAUACGCCUUUUGCAAAUACAUACCUCUAAAUGCUAGAGGGUAUCAAUGAGUCCAUCAAGUGGCCAUCACAACGAUGCUCCUUUGUUCGCCAGCAAGAAAGCAAAUCGCUGUUUUAUAAACAUUCAACAAUAUACUAUGGAAUAUAUACUAUGUAUGCAUGUAUAAAAAACGAGCAGCGUUGAUUUAAUGAAAUUUUCGACUAUUAGUUAGCACUUUA